AUUGUCUCAAAUUGCAUGUUUUUGUUCUUUCAGUCACCAAUGACAAAAACCAAGAAGUUAAUUGGAGAUGAAGGGAUCAUUUUCAGGAACAUGUUUGCCACCAGUCCAUUAUGUUGUCCGAGUCGAUCCAGCAUUCUCACUGGAAACUAUGUCCACAACCAUGGUGCUGUCAAUAAUAGCGUGGACGGGAACUGCAGUAGCCCCAUCUGGCAGAAGCAGUCAGAGACGAGGGCCUUUAUCACAUAUCUCAAAAAACAGAAAUACACCACUUUUUUUGCAGGGAAGUAUCUAAAUCAGUAUGGCAAGCUUGAGACAGGGGGCCCGGAACAUAUACCACCUGGCUGGGACUGGUGGAAUGGGCUGGUUGGUAACUCCAGAUAUUACAAUUAUCACCUGUCUGUGAAUGGAACAGUAGAGAACCAUAGGGACAACUACCAGAUUGACUACUUCACCGACAUCAUUAACAGAAGAGCAGAGGAAUUCCUUCAACUGCAGUCACCUGAUUCAGUACCCUUCUUCAUGAUGCUGUCCACCCCAGCCUGCCAUGGACCCUUUACCCCAGCCCCCCAGUACAGUAACAGCUUUAAUGACAUCAAGGCACCAAGGAAUGGAAGCUUUAAUGUGUAUGGGAAGGACAAGCACUGGUUGAUAAGGCAGGCCAAGUCUCCUAUGUCUGCUCAUGUCAUUGCUACCAUAGAUAAGGUUUUUAGGCACAGAUGGCGCACCUUGCUGUCAGUGGACGAUAUGGUUGAGAAUGUGAUCAACUUGUUAACUCAGCGAAAACUGCUGGACAAUACCUACGUGUUUUAUUCCUCCGACAAUGGCUAUCAUCUCAGUCAGUUUUCUUUGCCACUAGACAAACGGCAACUGUAUGAGUUUGAUGUGCGAGUACCACUGAUGGUCAGAGGACCAGGCAUCAAGGCUGGUCAGCUCAGAGAGGAAAUCAUUCUAAACAUCGACUUUGCGCCAACAUUUAUAGCUCUGUCUGCCCAGACUGCCCCAUCACAAAUGGAUGGCAUGUCUUUCCACAACCUUCUAGCGCGGAAUGCCACAAUUCCAGCCUCCAGUUGGCGAGAGAGUUUUGUGAUUGAACACCAGGGGGAGUACACACAGAUAAUUCCUAAUUGCCCUCAAUAUGAUUACAUGAACCUGGCUCACUGCAACGCCCAUUGUGUGUGUGAGGAUGCCAAGAACAACACAUACAGCUGUGUAAGGACGCUCUCAGCAGACACCAACUACAUGUAUUGUGUGUUUGAGGACACUGAGAAUUUUGAAGAAUUUUAUGACCUGAAUAAAGACCCCGACCAGCUUUCCAAUGCCAUCCAAACUGUGGGUAAAUCAGUACUAAUGGACCAGAGAAAGAAGUUAAUGGAGCUGUCUGUCUGUCAGGGACCCUCUUGUCACAAGAUAUGACCACCCCACAAACUUGUAAAUCGAGGUCAUCGAGCCUGAUUUGAUUUUUAAAUCAUAACAAAUUUCAGUAUGUCUGCUUUUUGAAAUUUAUAUGUUUACAAAAAAUAU